AUGGAUCUCCCAUCGCAGUUCAUGAUCGAGGAUGAGCUUCGAACAAUGGGAUCAGAGCAGCUCAGUUAUGGGCGUGAGCGAAGUCUCAUUUCUAACGAUUUGAAGUCUUUGCAAGAUCAAAUUGGUGAUCUUGCUUUUAACAACUACAGAACUUAUGCAGAUGCUGGGAGGACUACCCAACAUUGUACCGAAAUUUUCACUGAAAUGAAGGACAAGCUGCGCGUUGUGAGCGGAGAAAUACCUGAGUUGGCUACGGAAUUGCGUGAUUUCCACACUCGCACGAAGGAUGUAUGUCAAGAGUUAGAGGUGGUGAAGUCUGCGUGCGAAAAGGACAGUCCAGUGUGGGAGCUUUUGUCGCUUCCUUCGAGAAUGGACGUAUGCAUUCGUGCUGGUUACUAUGAGGCUGCCUACUCUCUGACAAAUUAUGGUAUGAUGCUACAACAACAUUCCAUCAUAAAGAAUCCGCUCGUCAAGGGUAUUGCUGACAAGUUGGUGGAAGCCAGAGCAUUCCUAUUAGAGGAGCUGUUUAACAAGUUUUCGGGUCCUCUUGAUCUUGCUUCUUCCAUCCAGGUUGUCAAUAACGUUCGUAAAAUGCCUUAUCUUACUCCUACACAGUUACGUGUUUGCAUUUUGCAACAUAGAGAUAUGUAUCUUGAUCGUCAAAUAUUGGAUAUCACAAAUCAUCCCGAAUUUGCGAUUCGUGCUAUUGAAAUCUACAGGGACUGUAUGUAUGAUACGCUUGUGCUAUAUCUUGCCGUUUUUCCGGAAAAUGAGACUACGCGUAAAGAUCUGUCCUUAGAUCCGAGAUGGGAAACAUGGCCUUCUAGCGCGCCAUCAUCUGUACUUGGACAAUGGACGGCCCGGAAUAUUACACGUCUUUUGGAUAUCAUACGAAGAGCGGAUAUGAAGGAUUGUAUGUAUGACACGCUUGUGCUAUACCUUGCCGUUUUUCCGGAAAAUGAGACUACGCGUAAAGAUGUGAGUGGGAAAUUUUGGAUCUUCACAUCUGACAUUUUAAUUGGACUGUCCUUAGAUCCGAGAUGGGAAACAUGGCCUUCUAGCGCGCCAUCUUCUGUGCUUGGACAGUGGACGGCUCGGAAUAUCACACGUCUUCUGGACAUCAUACGAAGAGCAGAUAUGAAAAGCAGCGUCGACAUGUGUACGGUAUGGUCCAAGCUCAUGUCCUUGGCGGCCUCUCUUGGCCGGAUGGGAUUAGAUUUCCGCGCACUUGUUGUCGAUUCUCUCAUAAAAAUAGUUCUUGAGCGAUUUACUUCGGCUGUUAGAAUAGCGACUAAUACGUUGCGAGUGGGGAAUUAUCGUCGUUGUCUUUGGAGAAUGAAACUCCUGACGCCAGUAAGCCUCCACAGCCCUCUCCUGAGGUAUCGUUAUGGGACGACAUAU